UCUGCUGUGGGCUGAGCUGAAGUAUUUAUGAAGCUGCUGUGAUCAGCACAUUACCAGCACAGCCUCACUGACUCAACCUGAAGAGCCACCAGAUACAGUGAGAUAGCUUCAUCAUCACUGCUGCCACCACAAACACAAAGGACAUGCUGCCAAUCAAGGCUGUGGUGGUGAUCGCACUUACUGUUUGUCUGACUGCAAGCACAUUUGCUGCUUAUCCUCACUGCUGUCGAAGGUACAUGAUAGGCAGGUUACAGGACUCCAUCAUCAAGGGGUACUCAGUCCAGACUGACACAGAGAUGUGUCGCAUCAAUGCCAUCAUUUUCCACACAAAGAAGGGGAAAGCAUGCGCUGAUCCAGCUCUGAAGUGGGUGAUGGACGCUGUCGAUCGCAUAAGGAAUAAAGCACAGAAAAUCCACCAGCGCAGCUCACAGGGGCGGAAAAAGAAGACCAUCUGAGCUUUUUACGCACACGGUAGAUGCCAGCUAAAGAAACACUUCACUCUUUUAUAUUCCACUGACGUCCGUCUCGUGCAGCCUGCUGCAAAUGAUAAAUAUGUCGUUAAACAACAGCAAUAUCAACUUAGUUUUAAAAGCUUGUGUAAUAUUUUAAUUUCAUAUUCUUUGUAAAUGUAAAAUACGAUUUUGUAGUUUCAUAUAAAUGCUGAAAUAAAAUGAGCACAUGUGCCAGA